AUGUCCCACCUGUCCCCAGUGGAAAUUGCGCCCAUGAUUGGAGGAUUUGACUCCAGUGCUUUAAGGGUUGACAUUCAUGUGUUUCUCUGGGCUGCAGCGGUUCCUCCCUGCCAGCAGGGGUCCACCUUCCCGGAGGCCGUGGCGUCCCCGGCGGUGGACGGCAGUGGGAUCCGGCGUGUCCCCGGCGCGGCGUCCCUCCCCCAGUGCGUGGCGGCGGCCUGCGGCCUCCCCGGCUCCGAGCUGGCCUGGCUGUUCCAGGGCCGCUGCUACGUGCUGAGCUGCCGGCGGAGGGGGGACUGCCGGCCCCGGGACCGGCCGGGGGCCGACUCGGUGCUGGCCUUCCUGCGGAGGACGGCCCCCCCGGACCCCUCGGACCCCCCCAAGACCGGUGGCGAGGACCUGGAGGCCCGCGAGGACCUGGAGGCCCUGCAGGACCUGGCGCUCUUCGAGGGGCCCCAGCUCGGCCUCGCCGGGGCCCCUGGUACCCUGGACCUGGACCUGGACCCGGAGGGCCGGGAAGACCGGGGGAACAGGUUCAACCGGUCGGACCCGGGUCCAGAGAGAGACCCGACCCGGACCAGGGGGGUCCAGACCAGACCGUCUGAGGGGGCCAAGAACCAGACUGGGGGACCGCCGGACCCCGUUGCCACGGAGACGACGACGGAGACGGUGAGGAGUUCUGACCCCCCCGGGACCUCCAGACCCGGUCCAUCCGCCCCCCCCGGGAGCAGCGCCGGGACACUAGGUCCGCCCCUGACGGCGUCCCCGGGAAACCCUGCGGAGCAGACGCUGCCCGCGGUCGCCCCCGACGACGCCCACGCCCACGAACCAGACGCGCUGCAGUCGGGGUCGGUCAGACCCGGACCCCCGACCCAGACCGAUGACCCCCGACCUCUGACCCGGGCCGCCACCGCUGGGCCCCCCCCUCCGGUCCCAUCAGACCCCCCCAGAUCCUCCCUGGCCGCCUGCGUCCUCCCUUCAACCUCGACGCCGCCGCCGGCUGCUGCUGCAGUCUCGGUGUCCUCAGACGUCGGAGGGUCAAACCGCGGCCCGCUGGCCGUCGUGGGCCCCGACAGGAAGCUGUUCCUGCCGCUCAGCAGCCUGUGGCUCAACGGCAGCGGCAGCACCGACGACCGCGGCGUCAGCAGCUACCGCUGGGAGGUGGUGAGCGGCCCCCCCGGGGCCCGGCUGGAGGCCGCCGACCAGGCCGUCGCUACGGUAACGGGGGUCCGGGCCGGACGCUACACCUUCAGGCUGACGGUGCGAGACCAGGAGGGGGCGGAGGACAGCGCCUCGCUGAGCGUGAGGGUGGAGGAGGCCAGGACUCCCCCCCCGGUCGCCCACGCCAGCGGCAGCCACACCCUCGUCCUGCCCAACGACUCUCUGGUCCUGCGGGGCUCCGUAACCGACGGCGACCAGAGCCAGGUCCGGUACCAGUGGACCCGGGACGGCCAGAGUCCUGCAGCCGGGGUGGUCCUGUACGGCUCGGAGACUCUCCCCUCCCUCUACCUGUCCGGUCUGGUCCAGGGAACCUACCUGUUCCAGCUGAGGGUGACGGACGCCCGCGGACGCUCCAGCGUCGCCACGGCAACGGUGGAGGUGCAGCCAGAGUCCUCCGGGGUCCAGCAGGUGGAGCUGGAGAUGCUGGUCCAGAUCUCCCAGGUCAGCGUGUCUCAGCGGGACACGCUGGUCCGACAGCUCGCCGCCCUCAUGCACGUCCUGGACCGGGACGUGCAGGUCCGAGCGCUGCAGGGACGCUCGCACCUCAGCACGGUCCUCCGGUUCUCCGUGGGGGGCCCCGGGGGGCCCCUCUCAGGCUCCAGGGUGGUGUCUCUGCUGAGGAACCAGCUGCUGGGAGAGAAGACGGACUACCUGCUGUUCAGGGUGCUGAGGGUGGACACCGUGGUGUGUCUGCUCCACUGCUCUGGGCGGGGCCAGUGUGAUCCAAUCACAAAGCAGUGCGUCUGUGACCCGUUCUGGACGGAGAACCUGGUCCGCCGUUACCUCGGAGACGGAGAGAGCAACUGUGAGUGGAGGGUUCUGUACGUGAUCGUCAGCAGCUUCGUCCUCGUCGUCUUCAUCCUGUCGGCCGGUUGGACCUUCGUCUGCUGCUGCCGGAGGUCCAGGGACCCCCGGCUGAGGAGGAAGACCAAGUACAGUAUCCUGGACAACAUGGACGAGGAGCUGGAGCUGCGGCCCAGAUUCAGCAUCAAGCACCGCUCCACGGAGCACAACUCCAGCCUCAUGAUGUCGGAGUCGGAGCUGGACUCGGACCAGGACUCCGUCUUCAGCCGGGACCGGCCGGGACCGGGACCGGGUCGGCUCAAGAACCGGGGCGGGGGUCCGGCCCGGAACGGGAACGCCUUCGGGUGACGGGGGGGACGGCGGCGG